UUUCUCCCUUUCCCUAUAUAACCCUCCUCUCACUUCACGCUCCAUCACAAUCCCUUUAAUCGAAACAUCACAAUCCUUGUGAGCCAUUUUUUCCUUUACAAAAUGAUCACCGCCGCUCAAAUCUCCGAUUCCGAACAGCUUGCCCUUCUCGACAAGCUCCACGUCUUCCAGAUCCACGGCCGCGACAAACGCGGCCGCCCCAUCCUUCGCGUCAUUGCCAAAUUCUUCCCAGCUCGGAUUGUGAGCGUGGAUGUUCUGAGGAAGUAUCUGGAAGAGAAGAUAUUCCCGGAGCUGGAGAACAAGCCGUUCGCGGUGGUGUACGUCCACACCGGAGUUCAGAGGUGCGAGAAUUUCCCCGGAAUCUCCGCCCUCCGAUCAAUCUACGACGCGAUUCCGAUCAACGUCAAGCAGAAUCUAGAAGCUGUCUAUUUUCUUCAUCCAGGUCUUCAGGCCCGGCUCUUCUUGGCCACCUUCGGCCGCUUCCUUUUCACUGGAGGGGUGUAUGGGAAGCUGAAGUACGUGAGCAGGCUCGAUUAUCUGUGGGAGCACGUGAGGAGGAGCGAGAUCGACGUCCCUGAUUUCGUGUAUGACCACGAUGAGGACUUGGAGCACCGUCCGAUGAUGGACUAUGGAUUGGAAAGCGACCACCCGAGGGUGUAUGGUGCACCGGCAGUGGAUUCGUCUGAGUCGAUGUACUCCAUGAGGUGCAUCUCGUAGUGGGCCUGGUGGGCCUGUAGUGUUAGACUUUUACAUCAUACCCAUUUGUACACAGUAAUUUUGUGUUUUUCCUUGUACAAAUAAGGUUGAAUCACAGUAAAAAGAAAAAAGUCAUGGUAUAUUUGUAGGUAAAUUUGGAGGUUCUUUUUCUUUUUUCAUACCACUCGAGCUCCACAAUUCAGAUAAGAGUUUGAUUUUUUGUAGGCGUUAGAUGUUCUUGAAAUGUUUCGAAGAUAAUGACAUGCAAUGAUAGGGUUGUAUGAAUAAUUGAAUAGAAAAACAAUGCCUACUAGUUUGAUUUUUGUAGGCUUUAG